AUGAUGCACAAACCUAGUAGAGCCAGGCGCGCAAAUCGCAAGCACGGCGGCAGUGACCUUGCGUCCACUGCCGCCGAUUCUUGCCACUCCGCGGACGCGGGCAUUCGCGGCGAUGGCGCGGCCGACUGCGCCGCUGUUCCGUACGAGAUCGUCGAGUUUAAGAUACGGGCGGCGAGUAAGGUCGCUCUGCUGUAUGGAAGGAGCGGCAGAUGGGCUGCCUUGGCGCGAAGAGGCGAGCUCGUCGACGACCGCACGCUGAAGAACGUCCUGCGCGUCAAACUGCCGGACUAUGAGCACAGAGGGCUAGAGGCGGGCGUACUCAUGCUGAGAGUUGUCAAGGAACGGAUUGGAAGUGCGCUACGUCGCCCGUCUAAGGGCGAUGACACCGUGAAGGACAUCACCUCGGAGGCGUUCGCUGCGGUAGUGCCCAAGGAGAUGAUGUACGACAAGUGGCGGCCGACAGUGGCCGAAGCGGUGGCGCUUUGUGCCAUCUGGGCCAUCGAAGUAGGAGGAUGGUCCAAACUGGCCGUUAUGGCAUACCGCGUGCUCACCCACAUCAGCCGCGUGCACUGCAUAGAAUACAUCAAGCGCCUCGUCGACACCUUCUUCACCUUAGCGCGGGAUGCCUGCGACCUGGAACUAAUGCAACAGAUCAGUCUGCUGACGGCAGUCUGCAUGAAAUCAGGCAGCGACAAGGAUAAGGAUAGGCUGCGGGUGAUGUGUCUGGCCCUGGUCAAAGAUGACGAAAAGAACAUCUACGUCGACCAAGUGCUGGCCACAUCGCUUGCCGACAUAUGGGAUACGCAUCCCUGUAAUUUGGAAAUGCUGCCCUCGGGAUGCAAAUAUAGGCUCAUGGGCAAUCUGCUGCUGAGGAGACGGGAACAGGAGACGGUGAUACCGGCGUUGCUGCAAGCUGCCGUGGGCGGUUCGUACGAUGAGCGGAAGCUUGCGUUGACAGCGUUGAGAGAGGUGUGUGGGUUUAUAGAGUACAGCGCUAUCCGGGAAGCGGCAAGUAGGUUGCUGCAUGCGCCUGACCCGGUCGACCUGGGCAUACUGAGUCUUGCCGCUAUCUUACCAGCAGACCAUGAGGCAGCCUUAUGCUACAUCCGAGAGCUCUGCAAACAAAUCGCCAACAAGGUGGGCCUGGCCGGUAAUACUAUCGAGGAGAUGUGCGCCGCUGCGAAGAGUUCAGUUACGCACUUAGUCGCGGGCGGCGGUAGCAUACGGAAGGCCGCACGGCAACACGUGCAGAAAACGGGGAAGCAAUUUUUCACAGUUCGUGAACUCGUAAACGCCAUUGGAUGCACAAUUACAAGGAUGACGAUGAUUGUGGAGGAUAAUCCCGAGGAGGCACGCAUAGCGCCGGAGUCACCAAUGGGCACCACAAUUGACGCCGUCGCGCUCAUGGCGGCGUGCCUGGCAACCCUACGGCAGGAGCUGGUGCCGUACGUGGGUGACCUGAUGCGAAGGAUACUGCUGCUUAUGGGCACUCCGAAGCGGACGCUGAGGUUCUGCACGAGCACGCUGAAGCAAUGUAAGAAACAUGGGGAGUUCUGGGAAAACCUGGUUCUAAUGACCUGCGAACUGGUCAUCAUGAUGAUAAUGCCGGUAAUGAAGGACUUUCAUACGAGCACGGUGGAGGAGAGGUGUGUCAUGGCGCCCUUCUUGAAGGAGAUCGCGGACACCAUGCACGCUGCUGUGCGCACCGCCGGCCCGGCGCUGGUAAGGUACUGCUGCAUCACGAAGAUCAGUGAAUCUCUCUCGCGGAUGGCAGGGUAUAUGCGGAUGCUGCCGCAGCAGAAGUAUACCGCCAAGGUGGCAAGGCGUGUUUGCAACACGUUACAGGCUGUGCUUCAGCACCUUCUGCAGCCGGUUCGCCUCAAGGACGGAGGUCAGAACCGCCCGCCUCGGGUUGAAGAAGAAGACCUCUUGUACUAUCGUGGAGAUGCGCUGUUGUACAUCUCAAUUGGGUUCAACGCGAUCUGCGCAGUCACGGUGCCAAGGCUGGAAAUGAUAUGGAUUGCCCGCCGCCAUCCGCGAGAAGAAGGUGCACGAUUGCCCGGGGGAAUGAUCGUCACACGACCCGUCUCUCGCGAAAGCCUUGCUGCCGUGCCUUGGGUUGGAGUGUCGAGGAUCACGACGCUCAUCGAGGAGGUGCACCGGAGAGGCCCCAACGACGCGAAAACGUGGUCGCAGCUGCUCAAGCGGUUCAAUGCCAUUCUUAGCUCCUUCGGGCACAAGCACCUUGCCAGGGUGCUUGUCACCCUGGCGAAGGUGGGGAACUGCCCAGACGACCUGCUGCGUAAAAUCCGCAACCAGGCUUUGUCUCAGCUGCAUCAAUGUGACCUGCUGUCAUGUUGCGGCAUCCUCUACGGCCUGAAGCGGCUCGGGGCGUGCGAUACUGAGCUGCUGCAGAGGUUCCAGAAGCAAGUCGUGGACAGCGUGUCCACGGCCCAGGGUCCGUACCCGGUGGUCAUGCUGAUCCACACCUACGCCGGCAGUGGUGACAAGGAUACAACCCUGGUUCUGCUCAGGGAGGCUGUUAAACGCGCUGACCAGCUCAGCCCGCAGGCGUUGGCCAUGGUGGUGGUGGCAGCGAGUGCGAAUUACGGGCAGUGCAAGGAGGUGGAAGCGGCGAUGCUGCAGCUGCUGCUUGCUGCCGCCGGACGGAUGGGCGAAAUGGACCUCAGGUCACUCACGCAACUCUACUCCAGCAUCGCGAAAAGCGGGUAUGCAAUCCGGGAACACGUUUUGGACGCCAUUGCUGACGAGAUCGUGCCACGCGUCGAGCGUCUCACGCCUCAACAAUCGGUGCUGGUUUUGAGCGGCGCAGCUAAAGCCAAGCACGUCCAUCCCCGACUAGCGGCUGCGGUAGUAACCGCGCUGGAAAGGAAAACUGUGGAUUCGGAUCCACAGCUGAUGCUUUUCCUGCUUUCGGCCAUCGUCAAAUUGAACUUCCAGCACUCAUCGCUGGCAACUCAGCUGCAGAGAGCGCUCGGCAUGGCCGAGCUCAAGCCGACGCAAUUCGCAAACUUGGUAUAUCUCGUCGGGAAGUGGCGCCUGCCGGAGCCCAGCACUAGGUGCCUGUCAAGUCAGCUCGACAGGCUCAUUCAGUGCUCGCGAGAUACGAUCUCGCUUCGCGACGCGGCCCUCAUCGCAUACGGAUUUGCAGAGUCCGGUGGGCAGGAUGACCUCGUGAAGGCAGUGCUCCUGGCCGAAGAGAUAGCGCGGCGGUCUCAGGACCAACACGACCAGCGCACGUUGGCGAUGAUCAAUCACGCCGCCAACAAACUGCAUUUUCAAUUCCCUGACCUUUCCACGAAUUCGCGCUCGCCCGAGUAG